AGAACGCAGAAAUCCUUUGCGUGUGCGAACGCCCCCUAAAAUUAAAGGCUUAGGACCACGCCUGUCCUAGAAGGAGGAGUGGGUGAAGGCAUACGAGUAGAAAUAUUUCACUGUCGCACUUUACAGCUGUAGAGAAGCACAGGGGAAAAGUUUAGAAAAUGUCCGGCGUGGCAUCAACACUCGCCAAGAAGAGAGCCCUGGCGGCUGGCUUUGGGACGAACACCAAUGCCGUGAAGUACCUGAACCAGAACUUUGAGAGUCUGAGAAGUGAAUGUCUGAGCCGCGGGCAGCUGUUCUGUGAUACAACAUUCCCAGCCGCUCCCGAAACUCUGGGCUUCAACGAACUCGGUCCACGAUCGUCAAAAACCAGAGGUGUUGUGUGGAAAAGACCUGGGGAACUCACCUCCAGCCCUGAGUUUAUUGUUGGAGGAGCUACAAGAACAGAUAUUUGCCAAGGAGGUUUAGGUGAUUGCUGGCUCUUAGCGGCCAUUGCGUCACUAACCCUCAAUGAAGAUGUUUUGGCUCGUGUUGUACCAUCCAACCAGGGUUUUGGGCAAGACUAUGCUGGAAUUUUCCACUUUCAGUUGUGGCAGUAUGGGGAAUGGGUGGAUGUGGUGGUGGAUGAUCGAUUACCCACUAGAGAUGGAGAACUGCUGUUUGUUCAUUCCGCCACAGGCUCUGAGUUCUGGAGCGCCCUUCUGGAGAAGGCCUAUGCAAAAGUGAAUGGGUGUUAUGAAGCUCUGUCUGGAGGUUCCACAACUGAAGGUUUUGAGGAUUUCACCGGUGGGAUUGCAGAAAUGUACGAGUUGAAAAGCGCGCCAUCCAACAUGUUCCAAAUCAUCAGGAAGGCCCUGGACUCUGGAGCUCUGUUGGGAUGCUCCAUAGAUAUCACCAGUGCAGCAGACUCUGAGGCCGUUACUAAUCAGAAGCUUGUGAAAGGACAUGCUUACUCUCUUACUGGGGCAAUUGAGGUUAAUUAUCGAGGUCGAAAGGAAAAGCUGGUCAGAGUUCGUAAUCCUUGGGGUCAGGUGGAAUGGACGGGGGCCUGGAGUGACAACUCUUCUGAGUGGAGCGCUGUCGAUCCAUCUGAACGUGAGAUUGUGAAGGCAGAAGAUGGAGAGUUCUGGAUGUCAUUCUCAGAUUUUAUGAGGCACUAUACCCGCUUAGAGGUCUGCACUCUGACACCAGACACGCUGUCCUCGGACUCUGUCAAACACUGGAGUGCAUGUAAAUUCGAUGGCACCUGGAGAAGAGGCUCUACUGCUGGUGGAUGCAGGAACAAUCCAUACACCUUCUGGAUGAAUCCUCAGUUUAAGAUCAAACUAGAGGAGGAAGAUGAUGAUCCUGAUGAUAAUGAAGUAGGCUGCAGUCUGGUGAUUGGCUUGAUUCAGAAGAACCGGCGGAAAUUGAGGAAGUCUGGAGAGGACAUGCACACCAUUGGCUAUGCCAUCUAUGAGGUGCCUUCACAGUUCCAUGGGCAAAAGGAAGUUCAUCUGGAUAAGAAUUAUUUCCUGAGCCACGCUCAGAAAGCUCGAUCUGAGACCUUUAUUAACCUGAGAGAGGUCAGCACCCGCUUUAAACUUCCUCCUGGAGAAUAUCUCAUCGUCCCUUCCACAUUCGAACCGCACAAGAAUGGAGACUUCUGUGUGCGCGUGUUCUCCGAGAAACAGUCUGAGAUGCAACAAUGUGAUGACCCUGUAGAGGCAAACCUAGAAGAUGACACAGUGUCUGAAGAUGAGGUUGAUGCUGGCUUUAGGGGACUGUUUACUAAACUUGCUGGAGAUGACAUGGAGAUCUCUGCCAUUGAGCUGCGAACAAUUUUAAACAAAAUAGUCGCCAAAAGAACAGAUAUAAAGACAGAUGGUUUCAGUUUGGACACUUGUAGAGUCAUGGUGAACCUCAUGGAUGAAAGUGGCAAUGGUAAACUGGGGUUAUGUGAGUUUGCCACUCUUUGGAAGAAAAUUCAAAAGUAUCUGGGCAUUUAUAAGAAGAAUGACAUGGAUGGGUCCGGCUGUAUGAGUACACCAGAGAUGCGAAUGGCUUUGAAAGAAGCAGGAUUCUCUCUGAAUGACUGCAUUCAUCAGAGUCUGGUUGCACGCUAUGGAGACACAGACAUGAACAUCGACUUUGAUAACUUUGUGUCCUGUGUGAUGCGCCUGGAGAUGAUGUUCAAAGUGUUCAAGAGGAUUGAUGCAGACGACAGUGGGUUCAUUGAGUUGGACUUCUUCCAGUGGCUGUCAUUUGCUAUGAUUUAAAGGGCCAGAGGAUUAUUAUGAAUUACAUUUUUAUUGUGCUAGUUACCUUACACAGAUAACAAUCAUAUAGAUAAAUGCUUAAUUAGUAUAGUGGGCCACCUGGAAUUUGUAAAUGUGUCCAUUGUACUUUGCUACAGAGAUACAAGUAUAGUUGGCUGUUGUUUUAUUUGUAAUGGACUUUUCUCUUAUUGUGAUGCUUGCAAGGCAUCACUGUUUUUCUUUUCUUUUUUGCUGCUGAUGUGAUUGGUAGACCAAAUUGUGUGGGUUAUUGAUGAGAAUUCUGCAAUUAUUUUAAGUUAUCAGACAGAUGAUUUACACCUGAUCUACGAUACAACUGUUAAAUAAAAUCCCAAGAGGGAUCCAAGCCAUAUAUGGGGACCAGAUUAUUGUAUCAAACUUGGAAGUGACCAGUAAGCAACCACCUAGCAACAUGUUAGAAACUGCAUAGCAAUGCUCUGGCAAUGACCCACAACACCCUAGCAUCUUGUUUGUGUGAGCAAGCACUGCUCACAUUUUUUAAGAAAAUGUUAAAACCAACCAAUUACAGACCUGAUGAAAUCACUUGACAAACAGGAUUUUUUUAUGUUAAUGUAUUUCCUAUUGAAAUUUGAAUAGGACAUAUCU